AUGCCUCCUGGCGACUGGUCGGGGGAGACUACCGUCACUGUCACUGCCUCCAUGUCGACCACUCACACUGUCACCAAAUAUCUGACUUAUGCCAACGCCACGACGACUUCCAGUUACUCCGCCCCGACAGGCUGGAACGUGACCUCAAGCUACCCGACUGGAGCAAGCACGGUUCACAGCUCGGUCCUGACCGCUUCCGCUUCAGCAACCUCGAGCGUCUUCCCACCUAUCGCUUCAGCCACUGGCGCCGCCAGUUCGCUAGAGAUGAACCUCGUCGUCGCUGGUCUCGCCGGCGCUGCGGCAUUGUUCUGGGGCUCGUUAUAA